AGGAAACGAGCACGACCCGGCGACUCCCCGCCGCCGGCGCGACGCGCUCCGCCCCCGUGUCACCCCAUGACGCGAUGCCCUCGCUCCCCUCCCCCGCCGCGCCGCCGGGCGUCGCCGCCGUCGUCCGCCUCCUCGGGUCCGGCGACCUCCCCGCCGCCGCGCGCCUCGCCGCGGCCGCCGCCUCCUCCUCCCCGCUCCCGCUCGCCGCGGUGCUCCUCCACCGCCAGCUGCCCCCGCGGCUCGGCUACUGCCUCCACGCCCGCGCCGCGCGCUCGGGCCUCCUCGCGGACCGCUACCUCGCCAACGCGCUGCUCGCCUUCUACGUCCGCCUCCCGGGCCACCUGCCGCACGCGCUCAGGGCGUUCGACGACCUGCCCCGCCGCGACGUCGUCGCGCACUCCUCCGUCCUGGCCGCGUUCCUCCGCGCGGGCCACCCGCGGCGCGCGCUCCUCCACCUCAGGACCAUGGCCUCCGGCGGCUGCGUCGCCGACGAGGGCGUCGCCCCCAGUGCGCACGCGCUCUCCGCCGCCGCCAAGGCGUGCGCCGCGCUGCGCGACCUUCGCGCCGGCGCCUGCGUGCACGGGACCAUCGUCGUGCGAGGGUUCGGCGACGACGGGGUCGUGCUGAGUGCGCUCGUGGACAUGUACGGCCACGCGGGCUCCCCAACCGACGCGCGGAGGGCGUUCGAGGAAAUGCGCGCCCCGGACGGGAUAUGCUACACGUCGCUGAUAUCCGCAUUCGUGCGGAAUGACUGGUUCGAGGAGGCCCUGCAGUGGUUCCGUGCCAUGGUUGCGGCUAAUGGGGUCUGGCCAGAUGGCUGCACGUUUGGUUCCAUGAUGACGGCACUGGGGAACUUGAAGAGGGCGAGGCAAGGCCAGGAGGCGCACACGCAGGUUGUGACGCGUGGCCUUUGUGGGAACGUGAUUGUGGAGAGCAGCACACUCGACAUGUAUGCCAAGUGCGGGAUGAUGGUGGAUGCACACAAGGUGUUCGACAGGAUGAAGGUCAGGAAUGCAGUUUCAUGGUGCGCAUUGCUUGGGGGGUAUUGCCAAAGCGGGGAGCAUGAGAAGGUUCUCUCUUUGUUUCGACAGAUUGAUUUGGCGGACGAUGACUGGUAUAGCUUGGGAACUCUCCUGCGGUCUUGCGCUGGCCUGUCUGCAGUGAAGCUAGGAAAAGAAAUCCACUGCCGCUUUAUCAGGAUGAGAGGGUGCAGAGACGUCAUUGUUGAGUCAGCACUUGUCGACCUGUAUGCGAAAUGUGGUGUGGUAGAAUACGCGCACAGGGUUUUUGAAAUGAGCAGUGUCCGCAACAUGAUUACUUGGAAUGCCAUGAUUUGUGGUUUUGCUCAGAAUGGCCAUGGCGAGCGAGCUAUCUGUCUAUUCAAUAAGAUGGUCAGGGAAGGGGUUAGGCCAGACUACAUCAGUUUCAUUGGUGUUAUUUUUGCCUGUAGUCAUACUGGUAUGGUUGAGGAAGGAAGGAACUACUUCAACUCGAUGACCAAGGACUACAACAUUGCCCCUGGUAUCGAACACUACAAUUGCAUGGUUGACCUCCUCAGUAGAGUAGAGCUUCUGGAAGAGGCUGAAGAUUUGGUGAACAAGUCACCAUUUAGAGAUAAUUCAUCACUGUGGGCAGCGAUCCUUGGUGCCUGCGCCACACAUGCAAACCCUGAUGUAGCAGUAAGGGUUGCAAAGAAAAUGAUGGAAUUGAAGCCUCAAUACCACUUGAGCUACGUUCUUCUUGAAAAUGUAUACAGAACCAUUGGGCGAUGGGAAGAUGCUGUGGAGGUAAGGAAGCUGAUGAAGUCAAGAAAGGUGAAGAAAGAACCUGGGACAAGCUGGAUUGAUGCAAACAGAAGCGGCGGAUCUAGCACCGGGUCAGACGGGGCUCGAGCCUCUCCUACCCGUGCUAGAAGCAUGAAGCCCCUCUAUACAUUUGUAGCCAUUGAAGCUUGAAAGGAGUAGCUAUAGGUAGAAGAUGAAGUGAAUAAGCCCCUCCUAAUAUUUUUUCUAGAUCCGCCACUACGAGAAGCAAACUGUACGUGUGUAAGGCUAAGGAAGGAGUUUCACAACUUGUAGCCUCUGGGGACAUGAGUGCAGAUGAGGGAGUACAGUCCAUAUAAUUGGUUUGGCAUGGUGGUGAUUUGGAUAUCAGAAAUAAUGCUAAUAAGUCAUUUCUGAAUUGUCUGGACGAAUUUUAGCAGGUCUUGUUUUGAAAAGGCCGUACUUUUAUGAAUUGCCAUUGCAAAUUGGCACCAGCUGGCAACAUGCGAAAUCCAGUCCAUCAAUUGAUAGAAAAUGUGAUCGAUCUGCUUUGCAAAGAUAAUUGUAUGUGCUUUACAGUUACAGCAUAUAUUAAUGUCGGCGCAACAACAGAGGCUCUUAGAGGUUGCAGACUACGGGGUUGUUUGGAUCUCAAGUUUUAUAAAAGCCAGAUUGCAUAAUACCAGGUUUCCCCUGGUUUUUAGAAUGGCUAGUUGCCCUUGGCCACCAUGGAGACAAAAGGGAUCUGUCAAGCAAGCUGUCCACAGCUGUAGGCUUCCUUUUGUAAGGACCAGUAUAUUUAACUGUGCCAGGCAUAGUUAUCAGUAAUCCGGGUUUUCAUGUUUUUCACCUGAUCUUUGCUUCCAGCUGAUAGCAUAACUAGUUUCAGUCAAAAUGUUCCUUCAGAAUUCAAGAUGCGUUAUUCCUGUUAAGUAACUCCAGUUUCUAAGACCUUCUAGGAUAGAGUCUCAAACUGUCUAUCAUAUAUGUUACUUGACUUUUUGUACACUUUAUUUUUUUAUUUGUACUAAAUAUUUGAGUAAAUUUUGCACCUUCCGGUCUACAAGUGACCUAAUACAUAAAAAGAUAAAUCAGCAAUUUUAUCCUUUGUAACUGUGUGGGAGAAGUAAUCAGAGAAGUAUAAUGCAUCCUUCGAGAAUCUGUUCUUUGUUGAACAAUAAAUGCAAUGAUGGUGCUGUUUGAUCUAGCAAACUGUUGAUAGCAUUGAAUCUAUUCAGAGAUGACUCUUUAUUAGGGUUAACAAGAAAAUAUUGCUGAGUGCCUUUUGAUAUUGCUGCGGCCUCACAGAGCUAAAAUUUCGAAUAUUUUUGUUGUUUGUAACAGGCAUAACAGGCAGUGCAAUUAAGAUUUAUGCGGAACAAUUAGGAUCAAAUUACUCACAUUAUGAUAAGUCCUCUUAUAUGAUUCACUCUGAUGAGCUUAAUCUGGCCACAUACACUGGCGACAACUGAUGAGGAUGUUAUACUCCAUUUAUAUGGCAGAAGAAGAUGCUGCUCCUAUGCCAGGACACAAAACUCUGCGAUCCCAUUAGGUACCCAAAAGAAAGCCUAAAAAGACAUUACUGGCCUACCUAUUGCAAUGAUGCUUUAUCAUAUUGCAAUGAUGCUUUAUCAUGGGUUUUACCACCUCUAUCCUGCUGUAGUCAUCUGGCAAACCUAUCUUUUUCUUGUCUGUAAGUACCUGCAAUACAUUGUUCUGUUCUUUAGCAUGCUGACUUUCAUUCACUCAGUUUCCAAUUUGAGGGGCUGACUUAUGUGUUGCACUUGAUGAGUAGCAGUCAAAUUGAAAAAUGCUCUGCCCCAAUUCCUAGCCACUCCUACCGUAAUUUUGGAACAGAGUAAGCUCCUUAUCCAGUGAAUUUUUGUUGUUGCGGCCAUCCGGAUCUGGUCUUGUGCUGUUUGGUUUGAUGCACCAUCACCGACACCUUCAGGGGAGAGGUGUCCAUCUGAAGCGUGCGAGGUGAUCCCAAUCCCCUUGAUGGGAAUCAUGUGCACGAAUCAGGAAAGCGAGGGAAAACACAUUUUAAUCUGGACCUUUUGCACAGAUCAAAUUCCUUGCUGAGGAUGAUCGCUCGUACUGUCGUUGUACUGUGAUUUCGCUGUUGGUGAUUGCUCCCUGCUCAAGCUUCCGUACGUGAUUACUGCUGCAGACAUGGACGGGCCACCUCUCUCCCCCCGCCAUUGCAGCCAUGGGUUUGGGUUCAGUUCAUGGCCAGACGCCUCCUGUUGAACUGGCUGCAUCGGCUGCUGGGGAACGGAGACCGGGACAGCGCCAUGCCGCGUCGGUUGCAGGAUGGACCAAGCUCUGGAGCAGAGACCAUGCUGCUAGAGCUAGGGCUCAUAGCCUGGUGUCGGAUCUAGCGUGGCUGGCUCCUGUGCUUUUGUGUCGAGGACCUGCAGCAAUGCAGCAUGCUUGAGUGUGUUGUACACUUGCGGUUGCAGGUGAGAGAGGGAGGGAGAAGGGGACCAUGGCCGGCCAAUAUGCCUGCACCCAAGCGCAAGCAAGAACCGGAUUAGGUCGGAUGGAUGAAGCAAGCCAUGUGACAGUUCAGUGAAAAAAAAAGGUUUCAGUCUCCCCGUCUCACCGAGGUUUUCAGCACUACUGUGCGUGUGUGGGCUGAAAAUCACAGGAGAAGGGCGCUGGUGCUCACCAGAGAAGAUGGAGCUCGCUGCGGCUGUACCUUUGCGGCGAGGAUAUGAACACGGCCCCAGAGGACGACGACAACGAGACGGUCUCCGUCAAGAGCUUCGAGACCUGCGCGAUGCCGCUGCCGCAACCGCAGGAGGAGCACGUCCCGGCGGCGGUGGCGCCUCAACCGAGCGGCGGCGUGCACGACGGUGACGACAGCACCGGGGAGCCGCCUGAAGAUCAGAGGGUCCCCGCCGGGCACAGCCACGCCAUCACGCCAACAGAGCCGGACGAGAAGGAAGGAGCGGCGGCGAUGCUGAUCCAGUCUGCGUUCAGAGGAUUCAUGGCGAGGAGGGAGCUGCGGGAGCUGAGGAUCCGGAGAGAAACGGACGGCGGUGGCGCCGGCGAGCCCAAGAGCCCCACUUCGGCGUCUGUUGCCACGUCGGUGGUGGUCCAGGUCGGCGAGUCGCUGAGCAACCUCCGGCUAAGCGACGACAGCGCGUCGGUGCAGCAGCGGGGCAGCCAGAAGUCGCGGCCGCCGCCGCCGGCGGCGUUCAGAGUGAAGGAGGAGUGGGACGACAGCACGGUGAGCUCCAACGUGUCGAGGAUGAGGAUCCAGAGCAGGAUCGCGGCGACGACGCGGCGCGAGAGAGCCCUCGCCUACGCCUUCUCCCAGCAGCUCCGGAGCGGCGGCGGCGGCGGCACUAGGAAGCGGUUGGCGCGGCCGGACCAGGCGGAGUUCAACGUGGGGUGGAGCUGGCUGGAGCGGUGGAUGGCGACGCGGCAGGGGGAGCCGGCGGCGGACGACUGCAUGAGCCGGAACGCGGACGCGGGCUCGGCCGGGCGGCGGGUGGUGGUCGUCCGGAGGCGGGGCAACCUCGCCGGCGAGGAGAAGGAGAGCUGCGGGUCCAACGAUGUGUCCGUCGUCAGCUUUGACGGCUCCAGCAGCCUCGGCGGCCGGAGCGGGCUCAGCUGCCACAAGCCCGGCAGGAGCCGCCUCAAGGGCGCCCGGGGCCUGCCGCGCCGCAAGGCGGCGGCGUCGGACCACCGCCACCAGGCAAGAUCGCACAAGGUGAGCAAGAAAGGGCACCAGCGGCAGGAGCAGGCGCCGACGCACAAGGACCAGGCCGAGGCCGACGGCUACGACGCCUCUUGCCAGCCUCCGACGGAUUACUGAGCCGGGCACCGGAGCUUCUGCGACGAUCUGCUGCACAUACGCUAUGAUCUGGAUUGGCAGCGCUGCUACCUCAAGUACCUGACUAUUUGUUUGGGAUUUGCUAGUCUGAAAGACUGCCACAUGCCGCCAGGGCCACAUGUAAAGUUCAUCGCUAAAUGUUGCAUCAGACGUCGCUGUCUCUUAACUUUGCUCUUCUGGUCCUCCCAAACAAAACCUUCUGCGCAA